GGACGAAAGGACAGCAAGGAGCCAGACGAAGCAACCCAUUGCGUGACCGCCCAUACGAAGGCCUAGCUGCUGUCUCUCCCAGCGUCGCAAACGUGCUUUAGGACGAGGAUGAAACCACCUGCGCACGUCGUAAAGUAGAGGUUUGAAUGCUGCCCUCGUCGUGUCCGGCCGCCUACGCAGCUGUCAUACUAGACGGCGCAAUGACGACCUCAUCGCUGGAGUUCUGAUGACCGCAGACGUCUUGCUAGGAUUGGUAUUGAGUAGCCUGCUUGUGCCGUUUAGUAGAGACGUGAAUAUCGCCCGUCCCAUCUCGCCGUCGUGGCUCACGCCGCCCUCAGCAUGGAGUUAUAGUGGACGGCUACGGCCCCAUUGCGUUCCUCUGAUCAGCGCAGACGUACUCUCCAGGUCCAAGAAUGGUCAGGCUACGAGAGUCACUCAGCAGAGGCGUGGGCGCAACCCAUCCUGCUGCCGUCGUCGUAGACUUCCGAAAGCAUGUCGACAUCGACGCGAGCUCACGAUGCGACGACACAAACACGAAGGACUAAUCCAAAUAUGAUAUGUAACGCGGCACGUAUACAUACAACAGCAGCAUGAGUGCUCUACUGUA